AAAGGGAAAGAGUGGAACUUUUCUGGCGGCUUUGAAUAGUCUCAUUUGACCAAGCAAACAACCAGCUAGCAAGAAUAACAAAAAAAGAACUCGUCUUUUAGCAUGUCUGCAAAUUGCAACAAAAGGGGAAAAGAGAUUGAGAUUCGAUCAACCCUUGAAUGGGUUUUUGAAUUCAAUCAUUGUCGUUUUCAAAUGCAAAUUAUUUGGCAAUAUGGCAUACCAUUCAUCAAAAGAAAAGUCAACUUAGUGGUUCCAAGAUCAAUAUUUUUUAGUAAUUUGGAUGCUACGUCUCUGAAGACUUUCUUUCAAGUUCCAAGCUUUGGAUAUGGCCAAGAGAUUUCCUUUGCCCACCAAUCUUCCUUGUCUUCCACCCUGUUUAAUCCCCUUUUACAAAUUCAACAAGCAGGCUUGUUAGACGUAUUCUUUUGUUCUCUUCAUAAUCUGUAUUCGCCUAUGGAAUCUUCGUCUCCGGUUUGUCUUUUGACCCUCUUUGUAUUUUGUUACGGUUUCUUGGUUCAAGCUCAGCAGCCUUAUGUCGGACUGAGGACGACGGCUUGUGAAAAUCCGGACACUUCGGGUUCUGUUCUUGGAUACACCUGCAAUGGUGUCAACAGGAGCUGCCAAAGUUACCUUGUUUUCAGACCCCAACCUUUGUUCAACAACGUUACAUCAAUCUCCGGUCUCUUGUCUUCCGAUCCGUCGCAAAUAGCCGAGAUAAACGAGGUUUCCGAGAUGGCGACGUUCGCAUCGAAUGAGUUGGUUAUAGUUCCGGUCAAUUGUUCAUGUUCAGGAGACCAUUAUCAAAGGAACACAAGCUACAGGGUUCAGAGCGGACAAGGUUAUUUGUUGAUUGCAAAUAAUACAUUUCAAGCUCUUUCAACUUGUCAAGCUAUACAGAACCAGCAGCCCGGGCUUCUGUCCCGGAAUUUGACGCCGGGAAUGAGGAUUACGGUUCCUCUCCGAUGUGCUUGUCCCACAAGGAAUCAAACAGAUGCUGGAAUCAACUAUUUGUUGAGUUAUCUAAUUGCUGAAGGUAAUACUGUUGAUGGUAUUAGCGAAUUGUUCGGUGUAGAUCCUGAUAUGAUUCGUGAAGCUAAUCAGCUUUCUGAUGACACCACCAUUAAUUUCUUCACUACACUUUUAGUUCCCCUCCGGAAUCCUCCGUCUAGAGUAGUACUGCCUCCUCCGCCGCCGCCGCCGCCGCCGCCUUCAGCUAUACCGCCACCGAAUUUUCCUCCGAGUGGAAGCUCAAACAGAACAUGGAUUUAUAUACUUGCAGGUGUUCUUGGGGGAGUUGGCCUCCUCUCGGUUGUUUGCAUAGUGAGCUUCUGUAUGUUCUUCCGCAAAACAAAGAAGAAAUCCGAUCCGAUUAUUAGCUCGGAAAGCUUCGAGGCUGUUGAAAAACCAUUGGAGAAAAGCUUGGAAGAGGGAUCUCAGGACUUUUUGGAUAGUAUGUCAAGUAUAGCUCAAUCAAUCAAUCUCAAAAUGUACAAGUUCGGAGAUUUGCAAUCUGCAACAGAUAACUUCAGCCCCAGCAAUCACAUUAAAGGAUCGGUUUACCGAGGCGUGAUCAACGGUGACUUCGCAGCCAUCAAGAAGGUUCACGGAGACGUCUCAAAGGAGAUACAGCUGUUAAACAAGGUCAACCACUCGAAUCUUAUCCGCCUUUCCGGAGUUUGUAUCAACGACGGGAACUGGUAUCUGGUCUACGAGUAUACCGCCAAUGGUGCAUUGAGCGACUGGAUCUUUAACCAAGAUGACAGCAGGAAAUUCUUAAGCUGGAAACAUAGAAUUCAGAUUGCAUUAGAUGUAGCAACAGGGCUUAACUACCUGCAUAGCUUCACCAAUCCUCCUCAUAUCCACAAGGACUUAAAAACCAGUAAUGUUCUUCUUGAUAGUGAUUUCAGGGCUAAGAUCACGAACUUUGCUCUCGCGAGGUCGACCGAAGGACGAGAGGGCGAGUUCGCCUUGACAAGGCACAUUGUUGGAACAAAGGGUUAUAUGGCUCCAGAGUAUUUGGAAAACGGUUUGGUCUCCACAAAGCUAGAUGUUUAUGCUUUUGGGGUUCUCUUGCUCGAGGUGAUAACCGGGAAAGAAGCUGCAGCGCUCUAUGGCGACGAAUAUACAAACUUAUCAGAUGCCGUAAGCGAUGUGGUUGAUAAUGGAAAGGAGGGUUUGAAGCACUUGAUCGAACCCUCUAUGGUAGAGAAUUAUCCUUCAGAACUUGCCAUAGUGGUUGUCCAAUUGAUAAAUAGUUGUUUGAAUAAAAAUCCAACAGCUCGCCCUGAUAUGGAUGAAAUUGCACAGUCGUUGUCGAGAAUUCUGACUACUUCGUCGGCAGGGGAUUCAUCGAGCUACAUGUCGUGGUCUCAAACAUCUACUGGGAGCUAUUGAUGUAGCUUUUAUUUAUCGAGUGUUUUCUGUAACUGAUAGCAGGAGAAGAAACUGUUUUUUUAAUGCA